AUGACGGAGGAUACUCAAGCUGAUGAGCAAUUAUUAAUUGCUCAACUAUUUCCCGGCCAAAUCACCGCUUCAAUGGAGCUUGUAGGAAGACGUCUUCAAGGUUGUUUCCCCUGGCCAGUUUGGAGAUUGAUUAUCUUAACGACUGCAACGUCCUUCACAAUUUGGGUGAUUCUUCAAGCAAUUCGCGAAUGUGGAACAGAAGAACCUUUUAUUAUGUGCCCAAAACUUGUAUCGUUGAGUAUUAUUUUUUUUGCAAUUACAGUUUUCUGUUUUUUUAACCUAGCUAAGCGGCUUUUCGAAAUGUUACCAUUUGGGAGAUUGUUCAAUCGUACUACUGCUGAACCAUCAAAUUCAGUCGAAAUGAUUGAAAUGGUUGACCAGAAUGCUUCGGCUUCCGAGCCCACUGCGGAACCAUCCAACUCAGACGGAAGGGUUGAAAUGGUUGACCAAAAUGCACCGGCUUCCCAGUCUACAGCGGAACUAUCUAACUCAGAAGAAAGGGUUGACUAA